AACCCGUAUAAAUAGAGCUCGUUAGCUGAAUCCAUAAUCAGUUUCGAAAGCAACAGUUUAAACUACAACAUGAAUUCUACAAUUUUCCUCGGCUGCCUGGUGGUUUUGUUGGGUUGUCUUCUUGGAGGAGGAAAUGCCCAAAGCGAUGAUGAAUUCGCCACUGAAAAGGAACGACUAUUCCAUGUGUAUGGGGAUUCUACGGUGGAUCAAGCCACUAGAUACAGGAAUGUCGCCGAUCUAGUCACUUUCUAUGACAAGUACUCCUCUCGCCUAUCAUUGUCACCCAAUUUGGAGCAACGUGCCCAGGAUCUCCUGAGGAGGUACAAGGAGGAAGAGUCUCGUGAAGUUACGGUGGAUGGUGUUCCCGUUCAAGGAGGAUUCUGGAAGCCUCUGCUGAAGCUUCUCAUUGUGCAGCUGGGCGUUGAGCUCGCCUCCGAAGGUUUUAAGCGUGCUGUAGCAUCCUAAACCUUCAUUGGGAUAAAGUGUAACUCAUCCGAAACUAUAUAUUCGGUGUUUAUAAAAUAACAGAUAAUAAAAA